AUGUCUCAGAACAGCUCAGUCCCAAGCACGCCUACCAGCGAUGCUACGCCUGGAGAACCAACGGCAGCUAUCGAACCUUCGAACGGCAUCAACGGUCCCAAGCAGCAUGCCAACAAACUGUCUCAAAUACUCGUCAUCAUAGCGACAAUUCUCGUCAUCGCCCGUCUCAAUCUCCGUCUCCGAGUCCAAAAGCGAAAGUUACUACUCAGCGAUAUUUUUAUGGUGGCAGCGUGGAUAUCAGGCGUCAUGACAGCUGCGUUUUCGCCUGCCUUUGCGGUCCUUCAUGCAUUUGAUCCGAGUGUUCAUACGACGUUGGAGGGCUACCAUGGAGGAUCUGCUAAUUUGGUGUUGAUACUGAAGUUGCUCUUUGCAUCCAGUUUUCCCUUUUAUACGACGCUUUACUUAUGCAAAGCUGCGCUUCUUGCUGUUUAUCUACAAGUCUUUCCCGAGUUUAUGGUCAAGAGGCGGAGAUUUCUUUGGGUGACGAUUUGGUUUGUUGGUGUCAGCUAUGUUAUCACCGUUGUGAUAUUAUUUUGUAUCUGUCUCCCCAUAAGCCGAAGCUGGGAUCUCAGGCCUUCGAAGACAUGUCCAAAGUGGACAUAUGCUGUCACAUUUCACGUUGGCUGGGGACUGUCAUUUCUGGGAGACUUGCUAGUGUUCAUUCUGCCGUGGCUGAUUGUACCAGCGCUACACGUCAGAAGAACUUUGAGGCUCGGUAUAUACUUCACGUUCCUCCUCGGCACCGUCAACAUGGCCGUCAGUCUUGUCCGCUUCGUCAUGAUCUGGAAGGCUGGAGCCGACUCGAGUAUAUCACUCAGUACAAUUGUACUUUGGAGUGCCCUAGAUGUCAACAUAGGCCUCGUCGUCGCUUGUCUCCCGUCGCUGCGCCCAUAUUUCGGAUCACGAACCAAGUCCCAGGAACAAAGUCGAGAAAGCAACAGCUGGGAUUCUACGAAGAAACACUCUGGGUUUGGUAACCGGACGAUAUGCUUUCACUCUAAGAAGCGUGAUAGCGAGGCGUGGCCAUCAUCAUCCGGCAGCCGUGCCAGAUACUCGUCGAUAGACCAGACUGUAGUUGUAUCAUGGGAUGAUACGGAUGGAUUCAAGGACACGAAUGAUGUUGAGCUGAGAGUUCUGCCAGGAGCGAGAACGAGGGACGUAAAGUAUGGUAGAUAG